AUGCGCGCAAUGUGUGUCAAGGCGACAGGCAGGCAGAUCAGAUGGCAGCAGCAACAGUGCAGAGUCCAUCCGAAAAGCUCCCCUUGCAGCUACUGCAGGCAGCAGUUCCAGGCAACAGUGGAGUACGCGCCAUGGCAGAAAGUCCCCAGGGCGCCGCAGCGAAAGGACCCCAGGCAGGGGACUAUAGACAAAGACCCCGAGUACGUGGCGUUCCUAGCAGCGUUGGAGCAGGGCGAGGAGAGCCUUCCGAGCGCAGAGGUGCAGCUGGAGAAGGCAGACGCUGCCAAGGCCGCUGCUGCAGGAGCCAAGGAGCCGCUAGUGCUGACGCCCCUGGUGGAGUAUGUGUGCCAGAGGCGCGCCAAUGCACGGACAGGCCCCCAGGCUCGUGUGGUUACCAGCAGACCCACUCGCCCUGUGGGCGCAGGGGGAGAGAGGGGGGCUGCGGGGAGGAUGGGGGGAGGCGCAGGGGGAACGCAUGCUCCCCCCGCUGCAGGGAGUGGGGCAGGCCGUGGGGGUGGGGGUGGGGGAGGGGGAGGGGGGAGUGGUGGUGGGGGUAAGGGGGGAGGCAGGGAAAGAGGUGCACGUGGAGGUGGGAGGAGUGGGGGAAGGGGCGGGGGAGGUGAGGGAGGUGGUAAAGGAGGGGGGGAGGCGGGCAUACCUGGUGCAGCUGGUGCUUCAGUUGGUGCUUCAGGUGGUGCAAGGGAGAAGGCCGAUUCAGCUGCUGUUACUUCUGCAGCACAUUCACGCUCGUCGCGCCGUCACGCGGCGGAUCUGCGGCGCAAGAGAGGCGGCACCAACAGCAGCGACGCCCACAGAGACGCUCAGAGGGACGCUCGGGCCACUCCCUCCCCUUCCUCCCUCGCGCCUGCUGCUACAGCUGCAGUCGCCUCUGCUACAGCCGGUGCAGCUGUUACCAACACUGCAGCUGGGGGUGCGUCUGGCAUUGUGGCAGCAGGCACUACAGGUGCGAGCACAACAGCAAGUGGUGCUGGUGGUGGUGACAGUGGUGCUGGUGCUGGCUCAAUCCGCACAGUGCCGUCUGGCCGGGGUGCAGGGGUGAAGAUUUUUACUCGGCAGCAUGCACAGCCACAUGUGCAGCAGCAGACUCAGCAGCAGCCGCAGCAGCAAAGGCAGUAUGGGCGGGGAGGGGGCAUGCAGGCGGCACAGCAGCAGGCACAGCAGCAGGCACAGCAGGCACAGCAGGCACAGCAGCAGGCACAGCAGGUUCGGCAGGCGCAAGGAGGGGCAGGAAGCGUGGCAGGUGAAGCAACAGCAGUUGCAAGCAAGGCUGAAACUCCUGCUGCUGCUGGCAGUGCAGCAGGAGCAGCGGGAGCAGCAGGGGCAGCAGGAGGAAGGGCAGGGACAGCAGGAGGAAGGGCAGGGACAGCAGCAGCUGGGGGAGGAGCAGAAAGGGAGGCAGCAAGGGAGGCGAGGGACAGCCGAGGCAGGCUGAAGAACCGGGACCGGCCCGAUCGACCCGUGUGGACUCCCAGGCGACGCCCAGACGUGGGAGGGGGCGGUGCUGCUGGUGCAGGGCAGUCUGGGGGAGGUGGUACUGCUGCAGCAGGCACUGGUGCUGUGAGCAGAGGGGGUGGAGGGGCAGGGAGCUAUGGUGGGAGAGGGAGGGGCGGCAGUGACUAUGGCAGAGGAGGUAUGCCCAAAUUCGUUUAA